AUGGCACGGCGCGGCUGGCGGCGGGUGCCCCUCGGCCGCUGGCUGGGCGGCAGCUGCCUCUGGGCUCGCGCGCUCACUUGGCCCCUCUGCUUGCUCCUCGCAGUGGGUGUCUUUGGCUGGGCCGGGGCUUCGGACGGCGCUGGCAGAGCAGCGAGAGCCAUGGACGAGGAGAUCGUGUCCGAGAAGCAAGCUGAGGAGAGCCACCGGCAGGACAGCGCCAACCUGCUCAUCUUCAUCUUGCUGCUCACGCUCACCAUCCUCACCAUCUGGCUCUUUAAGCACCGCCGGGCCCGCUUCCUGCACGAAACCGGCCUGGCCAUGAUUUAUGGUCUUCUGGUGGGUCUUGUGCUGCGAUAUGGCAUUCAUGUUCCAAGUGAUGUAAAUAAUGUGACCCUGAGCUGUGAAGUGCAGUCAAGUCCAACUACCUUAUUGGUGAAUGUUAGUGGAAAAUUUUAUGAGUAUACGCUAAAAGGAGAGAUAAGUUCACAUGAACUCAAUAAUGUUCAAGAUAAUGAAAUGCUUAGAAAGGUUACUUUCGACCCAGAAGUAUUUUUCAACAUAUUACUUCCUCCUAUCAUUUUUUAUGCUGGAUAUAGCCUGAAAAGGAGGCAUUUCUUUCGAAACCUUGGGUCUAUCCUAGCAUAUGCUUUUCUUGGAACAGCAAUUUCUUGUUUUGUUAUUGGGUCAAUAAUGUAUGGCUGUGUGGCAUUGAUGAAAGUAACUGAUCAGCUCGCAGGAGAUGUUUACUUUACAGAUUGCCUGCUGUUUGGUGCCAUUGUUUCAGCUACUGAUCCGGUGACUGUACUUGCCAUCUUCCACGAGCUUCAAGUCGAUGUUGAACUCUAUGCGCUUCUUUUUGGUGAAAGUGUCCUCAAUGAUGCUGUUGCAAUAGUGCUCUCUUCCUCAAUAGUGGCCUACCAGCCAGCUGGAGACAACAGUCACACCUUUGAUGUCACCGCCAUGUUCAAGUCUAUUGGGAUCUUCCUUGGGAUCUUCAGCGGAUCUUUUGCAAUGGGUGCUGCUACUGGAGUGGUGACAGCUUUAGUAACCAAGUUCACCAAAUUACGGGAGUUCCAGUUGUUGGAGACAGGUCUAUUCUUCUUGAUGUCCUGGAGUACCUUCCUCUUGGCUGAAGCUUGGGGCUUCACAGGGGUGGUUGCAGUAUUGUUUUGUGGCAUCACACAAGCACAUUAUACAUACAACAACUUGUCCACGGAGUCUCAGCAUAGAACUAAACAGUUAUUUGAGCUUCUGAAUUUCUUGGCAGAGAAUUUCAUCUUCUCCUACAUGGGGCUGACACUCUUCACCUUCCAGAACCAUGUCUUUAACCCAACAUUUGUAGUAGGAGCAUUUAUUGCUAUUUUCUUGGGAAGAGCUGCCAAUAUUUACCCAUUGUCCCUCUUACUUAAUUUGGGUAGAAGAAGUAAGAUUGGAUCCAAUUUUCAACACAUGAUGAUGUUUGCUGGGCUUCGUGGGGCAAUGGCCUUUGCCUUGGCCAUAAGAGACACUGCCACUUAUGCCCGGCAAAUGAUGUUCAGUACCACACUUCUAAUUGUGUUUUUUACUGUGUGGGUAUUUGGUGGUGGAACCACUGCAAUGUUGUCAUGCUUGCAUAUAAGGGUUGGUGUUGAUUCAGACCAAGAACAUUUGGGUGUUCCUGAAAAUGAAAGGAGAACCACCAAAGCAGAGAGUGCUUGGCUCUUCCGGAUAUGGUACAACUUUGAUCAUAACUAUCUCAAGCCUCUGCUGACGCACAGUGGGCCUCCUCUUACCACAACCCUCCCUGCCUGCUGUGGACCCAUUGCGAGAUGCCUAACUAGCCCUCAGGCUUAUGAGAACCAGGAACAGUUGAAAGAUGACGACUCAGAUCUUAUUCUCAAUGAUGGCGAUAUUAGCUUGACGUAUGGAGAUUCCACUGUGAACACAGAGUCGGCAACAUCUGGGGCUCCUAGGCGGUUCCUGGGAAACAGUUCAGAAGAUGCCUUGGAUCGGGAGCUUGCAUUUGGGGACCACGAACUGGUCAUUCGGGGCACACGCCUGGUUCUUCCCAUGGAUGACUCUGAGCCCCCAUUAAAUUUGUUAGAUAAUAAUACGAGACACGGUCCAGCCUAAGCUUAUUAAUCCUCACUUUGUGAUUUGUAAAAUUUGCACAUGUGAUUGUGAAGAAAUCUGUACUACCUAACAAGUCCCAGUGCAUGUCUCUGAUUGUUGAAGCUGUAUAAAAACUCUUUAUAUGGCAUAGAAAGCAUAUAAAUAUCCUGUACAAGGCAGAUUGUGAACAAAUGAAUCCUUUUUGGUUUUGUUUUAUUGGCUGCACUAUGUAGAAUGGAUUUGUUUUAGAAAGUUCUUUUCACCGUGUUGUUGUGUGUUCUGUUAGCUUUCUGUCUCAGUUCUAAGUAUCAACAGUGAUGGAUUUCCUCAUUCUUCUAUUUACCUGACAUUUAACUGGAGUACCAAGUUCUUGUGACGUGAAUUCAUUGCUUGUGUGGGGGGAGGGGGAGGGAGGA